AUGGCGUCCGACUCCGCCGCGACGGUCGACGGCAGCGCGCUGGCGGGGCGGGCGCUGGCGGCCGCCGGGGCGCGGCACAUGUUCGGGGUGGUGGGCAUCCCGGUGACCUCGCUGGCCUCCCGCGCCGCGGCCUACGGCUUCCUCACGGGCCGCCCCGGCCUGCUCCUCACCGUCUCCGGGCCCGGCUGCGUCCACGGCCUCGCCGGCCUCUCCCACGCCACCGCCAACGCCUGGCCGCUCCUCAUGGUCUCCGGCUCCUGCGACCAGCGAGACGCCGGCCGGGGCGACUUCCAGGAGCUCGACCAGAUCGCCGCCACCAAGCCCUUCGCCAAGCUCGCCGUCAAGGCCGCCGCCAUCGCCGACAUCCCCCGCCUCGUCUUCCAGGCCCUCGCCGCCACCGUCGCCGGCCGCCCCGGCGGCUGCUACCUCGACAUCCCCUCCGACGUCCUCCACCAAACCCUCGCCGAAACUGAGGCGGCCUCCCUCAUAGCGGAGGCCGUGGCCGCGGCCGGUUCCGCCGAUCCGUCCCCGCCGAAACACAAGUCCCUGGACCAGGGCAUCGUGGAGGCGGCCGAGCUGCUCCGGCGCGCGGAGCGGCCGCUGGUUGUGGUCGGGAAGGGCGCGGCGUACGCCCGCGCCGAGGAGGCGAUCCAGAAGCUGGUGGACACCACCGGCAUCCCCUUCCUUCCCACUCCCAUGGGGAAGGGGGUCGUGCCGGAUGUGCACCCACUCUCCUCCACCGCCGCGCGUUCCCUCGCCAUUGGGCAGUGCGAUGUGGCGCUCGUCGCCGGCGCGAGGCUCAACUGGUUGCUUCACUUCGGUGAGCCUCCCAAGUGGUCCAAGGAUGUCAAGUUCAUACUUGUGGACGUUUCUGAAGGUGAAAUUGAGCUUCGGAAGCCCCAGGUCGGUCUGGUUGGGGAUGCAAAGAGAGUCGUUGAGCUCCUCAACAGGGAGAUCAAGGAUCAGCCAUUCUGCUUGGCGCGGUCGCACCCGUGGGUUGAUGCAAUCACCAAGAAGAGCAAGGAUAAUGUGCUUAAGAUGGAGGCACAGCUUGUGAAGGAUGUUGUGCCGUUCAAUUUCAUGACACCCAUGCGGAUCAUUCGUGAUGCGAUCCUUGCCGAGGGGAGCCCUGCUCCAAUAGUGGUCUCGGAAGGGGCCAAUACCAUGGAUGUUGGCAGGGCUGUGCUUGUGCAGAAUGAGCCAAGGACAAGACUGGAUGCAGGGACAUGGGGAACGAUGGGUGUUGGGUUGGGGUACUGUGUUGCAGCAGCAGUGGCUGAGCCAGAACGGCUCGUAGUUGCUGUGGAGGGCGACUCUGGAUUUGGUUUCAGUGCAAUGGAGGUUGAGACCUUGGUGAGGUACCAGCUGCCCGUUGUCGUCAUUGUGUUCAACAACAACGGUGUCUACGGUGGCGACAGAAGAGGCCCAGAUGAGUUAACAGGCCCCUACAAAGAUGACCCCGCGCCAACCUCCUUCGUUCCUGGGGCAGGUUACCACAAGAUGAUGGAAGCGUUCGGAGGAAAGGGUUAUCUCGUCGAGACACCGGACGAGCUAAGAUCUGCCCUCUCGGAGUCGUUCCACGCCAGGAAACCGGCGGUGAUCAAUGUCACCAUUGACCCAUAUGCAGGCGCGGAGAGCGGCAGGAUGCAGCACAAGAACUGA